GUGUAUACUCGUUAUCUCAGUAUCACGUAAACAGCUAAAGCAGAAUUCCAGAUUGUUCAAAUCACCGAACGAAAUGGCCGCCGUUCAAAAGCAGACAUUGCCUUCGUUUUCUUCCAUCAUUUCUGUUUUGUCUAUUGUGUUUUACUGCGUUGGGUUUAUAAGAGUAGAACUGGAGAUGAACGAGCAGAAGAACAGAAUAAACGCUCUUGAAAACGAUGCAGAGGCCAAGCCGAAGUCAAAUGACGCGGACAUGAAAAUCAAGAAUGCUCCUGAAAUUCAAAACCUCCAUAGAAACAGUCGACAAGCUGUAUCAACUAAGAACACGACGGAAGCGAAAGACACUGCGGAAACCACCAUCAAAAUCAGCAAGCAUCUUUUAUCACAAUGGAGAGCACAUCUGUGUCAAUCUAAGAGUGUCCCGUGCUCAUCAGGUCCGCCAGGCCCUCCCGGUCAACCUGGGACAAAAGGAGCCCGGGGACGAAGAGGACAGAAAGGAAGUACUGGAAACAAGGGAGAUCAAGGCAUUAUGGGAUCGCCAGGAAAGAGCGGCAAACAAGGCAUUAUGGGACCUACGGGGUUAAAGGGAGAGCCUGGAAACAAAGGUGAGAAAGGAAAUGUAGGGCCCGCAGGCAUGCCGGGAACGAAAGGCGAGCCAGGUGAAUCGAUAUCAUCUCCUGCUGUUGUUGUUUCUCCUGUGACGUUAACAGUGAAUGAAGGUGAGUCAGCCUCGUUUCAGUGUUCAGCCAGCGGUAAUCCAGAGCCUGCAUUAGUGUGGAGUAAACUGAACAAUCAGUCAAAAAUCACUCAAUCAGCGGUUUCAAGAGGAAAGUUGCAGUUAAAGCACGUGACCGGAAGUGACACAGGCUUGUAUGAGUGUUCAGCAACAAACAUCCUGGGGGAUUCAGGGGAAGUGGUGCGAUUAAAAGUAAACGUUCAUCCUCGUGUUUCUUUACAUCCGGGACCUUCUUACGUCAUCGAAGGGAGUAUCGUCACCUUACCCACCUGUCACGUGACCGGAUACCCGACUCCUGUGGUCACCUGGAGGAAGUCGUCUGGUCAGUUACCCCAGGGGAGGGCGCAGUAUAACAACACUGCUUUACAAAUCUCAAAUGUCCGUAAAGUUGAUUCUGACGCCUACUUCUGUUCAGCGGUCAACAUUUUAGGAAAUGUUGAAAGAAAAACUCUACUAGUUGUGAUUUCACUUCCUGAGUUUACCGUUAAACCGCCUGGAAAGGUCUUUGUUGGUCCUGGAACCACUUUAACCUUGAACUGUAGCGCCAUCGGUGAUCCACGACCAGUCAUCAGUUGGAAAAGACAAGGAGCAGUACUGCCCGUGGGGAGGAGUCACAGGAUAAACAAUGCCCUUGUCUUGAGAGAUGUGACAAGAGAGGAUGCUGGAAACUACAUUUGCGUGGCUACAAGUGCAGGAGUGUUUGAUAUCGAGACAAUAAGUGAUGUUGAAGUUAGAAAACCGAGAGGUAAGUUAUGAAUAUAGUGUCUCCCUUUGUCACAAAAAGAGAGUACAUGUAAUUCCUGAUGACUUUUGUUUUCCCUUCCCCUAUGCACAAUAUUGAUGCUGUAUUUUGGAGGCGAAAGCACGAAAGAAGUGUAGGGAGAAGUAUGAGUCGAUGGGCCGAUAGGACAGUGCUCUCAUCGCUUCCUUGAAUGCUUUAU